GGGAUGAAGAUUUGUUCGUGAUGCCUUAAUACCCGAUCAGUCCUAACCACUUACUGACUGCCAUCUAUUCACUGUUACUUAGCGGCAUGCUGUAAACAUUCAACGUCAACGAUUAUUGAAAUGUGUGCAUAGGUUCAAUUUCUUUGAGUUGUAGGCUUCACAAUGGCGGGUCUCGUGAUAAGCUAUCAACCUGCAAGCAAUAAUUUGGGACCAGUGCCUGGGGAAGAUGGGGGUCCUGUAAGGAUAAGGCCUAUGACAGAGCAGGACUCUGAAAACGUCGCGAACUUACAGAUUGAGGCGUUCCGGGAGAAGUUUGAAUGGGCAGUAGGGAAAUCUAAUGUCAAUAAAGUGAGUAGAGCGUGGGGCAAUGGGUUGAGAAGAUCUCCUCUAUGGUGGCCCAGAUAUUUCGUUGCCGAGUUAAAUGACGAGUUUGGCUGUCAUUUUGCUGGCGCGAUCGUUUUAGGUUUCUAUGCAGACAGGAGCUUGCCAGAACCAAAUUUUGACACGAAUGGACUUGGUUGCAAAAUCCUCUGUGGAAUGGCGUGUAUGGAAAUGGCUCUUGGUGAAAAACCAUCAGAUCCAAGUAAGGGUUACGUGGAGGCUAUUUGUGUAGAAUCCAAGUUUCGUGGAAAGGGGAUUGGCAAAGUGCUUCUGGACAGAGCUGAAUACGAAGCGAAAGCAAUGGGAUGCAGGUCCAUCUAUCUAAAGGUAAAACGAACAAAUCGAGCAAAGAACCUGUAUGAACGUCAGGGCUAUAGAGUGACAAAGGACCAUGAUGGUUGCUGUUGCACAUAUUGUGCAGUUGGAGUCAGGCAUUUUUACGAAAUGGAAAAACAGCUUAUUUAGAAUGAAAUAGGAAGACAGGAUAUGCUGAUGUUGUCGUAUAUAUGCCUUUCGAUGAAAAAAGGAAAAGACGGAAGAAAAAAGUAUGUAUGCAUCCACAGAUUUGAAAUUCUAAAGGAUCAACUAACCAUGCUGUAAAUGUAUGCAGGUGACUCAACGUCUUACCAUAGAAGUAUUGGAGAUAACCGAUUGGACAUCCUUCUGCACAGAAUGACAUUUGUUAGUAAAAUAUGGGCGGUGCCCCGAUUCCUUCAUGGGAAUGUACCAGAUUAACUACCAGCCAGCACAAUUUUCUGUGAUACACUGUUUAUGUGCUGUUAACAGAAAUGGACUUAUUGUAGCCUCUGAAUCUCAGGUGUAUGUGAUUUCAAAAUGAACUAUAUUUAUAUCUCUCUUACUUAUAUCUCCAGAAUUUUAAGAAAUAUUGUUUGGAUAUAAAGAAUUUUAUUAGU